GUGUUUUGUUUAAAAUUGCACUGAAAUAGAAAAUUAAUAAUUUCGUUCUAAAUUAAUAGCGGACCAUGCAAUAGCUUGGUGACAAUUGGUAAACUCACCUGCAGCUCCAUUAUAACAUAAAGCAAACAUGGCGGAGCAAAAGGACGGCAAGAACGCGGAGCCAGCGCCUGACAGCACUGACACACCCCCUGGGCCGGAGGAGCAGCAGGCUACGCAACAGAAUGCUCAUGCUAGCGAUCAACGUAAUACGCCGGCACAUAGCACGACCAGAGAUCUACUAGCUGUCGAUUCGAAAUCUACACAACGCACUAGAGAUGAUACACCCAAGCGUAGUAGAUCAACGAUUCUAAUAGCUCCGGAAGUGGCACCACCAGUUCCGCCACCGAGUCAGCCAAAAAAUGCUGCAACCGAAUUCGGCCUGGAGGAUCACACGGCUAACUCGCAGGAUCCACGAGUGUCUCAAAUGCGAGGGUCUUCCAAAACUGCGAUCACGGCAAGAAAAAGCGAGCCUCAUGAACACGCAGGUGCCGCAACUCCAAAGGCUUAUGUAGAUACGCCUGUCACGCCACCACCUACUCCACCAGCUACGCCGAUAAGUACGCCACCAACAUCGCCAACCACGACCGCAGAAAGUGCACCAAUUGUGGUGCCGCCAAUACCGCUGAUGAUUCCGGCGGCUAAUGAUAAUAAGAAAAACAACGAUAAAUCAACUAACACAGACGUGACCUUUGAUCCCUCCAAGGAGUACGCUUGGAAGACCACCAAUACCUCCGGUUUAAUGUACACGGACACUGAUGAACCGGCGGAGCAGCUCAAUCUAGCUGAAUGUUUGGCAUUCAUAGUCGGGGUGGUGAAAACGGCAGGCGCCUUUGCCUUGGUGGCCAACAAAAACCAACAGGAGUACACGACGAAGCAGCACAAGCGUGAUCUGCUCACGAGAACCGACAACGAGGUGGAGGAGAUGAUUAUCAAAGCUAUAUGUGAAAGAUAUCCACAACACAAGUUUAUUGCCGAAGAGCGCGUGUCGAGAACAUCAUCGAAGCAAGUGGUGCUUACUGAUGAGCCCACAUGGAUAAUUGACCCGAUCGAUGGCACCAUGAACUACGUGCAUCACUUUCCUUACUACUGCAUCUCGGUGGCACUGCUAAUUGACAAAACAACUGUGCUUGGAGUUGUCUAUAAUCCGCCGCUACAGGAGUGCUAUACGGCGCGGAAGGGACAUGGCGCUGCACUGAAUGAUCAGCGUAUGUGUACCAGUGGUCAGUGCGAGUUGAGUGAGGCCAUGAUAUUGCAAGAAUACACCUCCGAAACAAAUGAUGAUCGCGCCGAGGUGUCUGUGGAGAAUACAAAUCGACUUAGCAAGAAGGUUCAUGCCUUACGCUCGAUUGGUUCCUCAGCCAUGGGAUUGGCAAUGGUGGCCUCUGGCGUAGUAGAUGGCUUUUAUCACUUUGGACUGCACGUCUGGGACAUGGCAGCUGGCAAUUUGUUGGUCACAGAAGCGGGCGGCACUGUCAUUGAUCCGGCCGGCGGACAGGUGGAUAUUAUGUCGCGGCGUGUGCUGGCAGCAGCAACCUUUCCAUUGGCAAUGGCCCUUUCCGCCGAGCUGACGCAGAGUUAUCCCAAGCCACGGGAUGAUGAGGCACAAGCUAGUUCGUCACGUAAGGAGUCAAAGCCAAAGCAGGAUUUCACUGGACAAACUGAAUUUUCCGACGACAGCUUUUCUGUGUCCUCGGAGAAUUCAAGAUUAUCCGAGUUUGAGACGCAAAAACCUAAGCCCUCGUAAGCAACACAUUCAAUUGCUCACCAAGCUGCAUAUUCCAUAUAUUUAAAUAUUAUUAAAUAUUACAAAAUAUUAUUAAAUAUUAUAAACGAAGAGAAA